GAAUUUUCAAUUUUUGAUUUUGAUCGAAAUCAAAAUCCCCUUUCUUUCUCUCUCUUUGUUUCUUUCUCUCUCUUGUAUUCUAUUCUAUCUAUCCAUUUUCUCUGUUCAUCGCCGACAACCGCCAAUUCCCUCCAAUUCAAAGCAAUUCCUUCCUUCUCCCUCUCUCUUCUCAGCGAUUACUUUAAAUUUUGAAGGUGGUGAAUUAUUCUUCAUUCUGUUCUUUUGCAAAGUGUAUGCCUGUUUUGUUUUGUGGUAGGAGGUUUUUGUAUUACUGCAAAUAUUUUGGUGGUCAAUGUACAUUUUGAGAAAUGUUGCUGCAACAACUUAAUCCUGAGGGAAGAAGUACUUAAAUGUGUUAUCUGAUUUUUUCGACUUGAAGGCUAAGUUUCUACCUCAGCAGAUACUGUUUACACCAUCAAGAAACUUCAAUUAUCAACAUAUUUUAGUUUUUGAAUUGGUUUAAGAUGUCGGAAAUCGACAUGUCAGUUAUUAAACCUGAGAUGAUGAAGCCCUAUAUUUGGCUUCAGACAUCAGAUGGGUCAAUCCAACAGGUGGAACAAGAAAUUGCAAUGUUUUGCCCUUUCAUUUGUCAAGAAAUAAUACAAAAAGGCACAGGAUCUUCCAAAAAUUGUGCGAUAUGCCUUCCUGAAAAAGUCAGUCCUGCUAUGCUGAGCUUAGUUCUUGAUUAUUGUCGAUUUCAUCAAGUGCCAGGUCGCUCAAACAAGGAACGGAAGUCUCACGAUGAAAAAUUCAUCAGGAUGGAUACCAAACGGCUCUGUGACUUGACAUCAGCUGCAGACAGCCUUCAAUUAAGGCCGCUGGUUGAUCUUACAAGUCGUACACUUGCAAGAAUAAUUGAAGGAAAAUCUCCCGAAGAGAUACGAGAGAUAUUUCAUUUGCCGGAUGAUCUCACAGAGGAAGAGAAGUUGGAGCCUCUGAAAAACACAACUGAUGACCCGAGGAUAAGGCUUUUGAACCGGUUGUAUGCAAAAAAAAGGAAAGAGCUAAAAGAGCGUGGAAGAUUAAAGAAUGUUGAAUUAGAAGAAGAACAUGUAGAUGAACGCUCAGUUGAUGACCUUUUGUCUUUUAUUAAUGGAAAUGAUGGAGAUUCAAAAGGGUCUAAAACUUCUAAGAAUAAAAAGAAGAAUAGAAGAAAAAAAGAGCAGAAGAAAAACUCUACUUUGACUGAAGCUUCCGAAGUGAAAAAGGAGUUAAGUGGUCAUAGUGCUGUAUCUGAUAAAAUUGCUGGGACCUCAAAUAUUUAUACAGAAGAUGACACUUUUAGUCAUAAAGAGUUUGAUGAUGAUGAAGAUGUAGAUGAUGAGAUCGAUCCUGCACUACAGGCAAAAAUUGACAGGGAAGUUGAAGAUUUUGCCCGCCGUUUAAAUUCUGACUGGCCAGAAAGGAUGCAAGAAUUUUUAUCAUCAGGGCAAGAAAGGAAAUCAAUACUUUUUGCUACCAACGGGAAUGGUUUUCUAAGACGAAAUACUUGACUGGAGUCGAGGGAAAUGAAUCCACGCAAGCCUACCCAUCUGGCCAAUGGCUUGAACAAUUUUGAGAGUUACUGACAAGUACUAGAAAAGUGUGGCAUGUCAGUUGUUUUUAUUUUUCCCAUUUACUCUUUAAUUUUAUUCUGUGCACUUCAUUGUUGGUGCUUAGUCCAGGCGCAAUUUGAUGCUGGGGGCUGUCUAUUGUACUUAAUAGGAAAGAAAAUAAGUUAAAAAACUGUUUUCUGAGCUUGUAAGGGACGUAAAUAUCUUGUGCAUUUUCCUUCGGUUUGUUCCUUUACGAGUUUUGAUUUAGAGACUCAUUUGUGUCUUGAUGAUUUAUGUACUUGUUAGAUAAAAAAGGGUUUAAAGGCUCAUUUAUGCCUUUUGGUUUAUGUAAUGUUAGGUUAAAAAUAGGUUGAAAAUUGAUGGUUUGAUCCCUUGCUUGUAUAAAGCAUUUUGAUACUA